GCAUCUCUACCACAUGUUACUACAUUAUAGGUAGAGGCAGACACACUCGUACCUAUUUGAUAAAAACGAAACUGUGUAUUUUUGACGUUAACAAAUAGCACGUGAAAUGCACAACGGUGAUUAAUAUUUUUCAUACGUGUUGUAAAAAAUCGAAAUUUUUACCUUCGAUACAUUUGUGCCGUGUGGUUUUUUUUCUCCUAAGUACGUGUUGUAGUUGAAAGGUGUCCACGUGGUACAUCGACCAGAUCAUAGAGGAUUACUCAGUGAAAAUUACCUAGGUACUUUUACUUUAUAACAGAUAAAAAAUGGCAACUGAAGUAGGAUCCAACGUCAAUUUGACACAAUGCCCAUUCCCAUCUCGACAAACGAACGGAGAUUUGUUGAAUAACAACACAACACGUAAUAGUAUUAGUAAAGAAGAACUUAUUAAAAGUUUCCAAGAAGUUAGGCCCGAUAAACCAUCCAGAUGUACGUGGAGACAAGACUCGACAUUGAAGCAAUCACCUCAUUCGCAUGUAACACCAGCAAAAAACAAUAAGAUAUUGCCAAAUAUGUUACACGCGAUUGGUAACACUCCGAUGGUUCGACUGAAUAAAAUUCCUCUAGAAGAAAAUGUUAAAUGUGAAAUGGUAGUAAAAUGCGAAUUCAUGAACCCCGGAGGUAGUGUAAAAGAUCGAAUCGGACAUCGAAUGGUUGAAGAGGCCGAGAAGUCGAAUAUUUUGAAACCAGGCAUGACCAUCAUAGAACCAUCUUCGGGCAACACGGGUAUCGGUCUAGCUGUAGCUGCGGCGAUAAAGGGAUAUCGGUGUAUCGUCGUUAUGCCGUUAAAAAUGUCCGACGAAAAAGUAAACACUUUGAAAGCCCUGGGAGCCGAGAUUAUACGUACACCUACCGAAGCAGCUUUUGAUUCGCCAGAAGGCUUGUUAAUGGUGGCUCAUAAAUUAAGCAAGGAAAUUCCCAAUUCUGUAGUAUUAGAUCAGUAUAGAAACGCCGGUAAUCCUUUGGCUCAUUAUGAUACCACCGGCGCUGAAAUAAUAGACCAGACGGAUGGCAAAAUUGAUAUGCUGGUUUUGGGAGUUGGUACCGGUGGAACGAUGACCGGAAUUGCUAGAAAAAUUAAGCAACAUAAUCCGCAAUGUGUUAUCGUUGGAGUCGAUCCUUAUGGUUCGAUUUUAGCUCUACCCGAAGAACUAAAUCAGACUGAUGUUACCACUUAUCAAGUUGAAGGAAUCGGUUACGAUUUUAUUCCUACAGUUUUAGAUCGAAGCGUUGUUGAUGAAUGGAUUAAAAUUGGCGACAAAGAAUCAUUUGCAAUGGCUAGAAGAUUAAUCAGAGAGGAAGCGAUACUUUGUGGUGGUAGUAGCGGUGGGGUUGUACAUGCAGCCUGUCAAGCAGCUAAGGAUCUAUCGGAAGAUAAACGAUGCGUAGUAAUAUUGGCUGACGGUAUUCGUAACUAUAUGACGAAGUUCGUCAGUCCUAAGUGGAUGUCGGAGAAAGGAUUUGAAUAAAUUAAUCGUUGCUUGAAA